UGCCGCGAGCUGCACCGCGUCCCCUGCGGGCAGGCAGCGGCCUGAGCGGCGGACGGCUCCUUGGUGACGCUGUCACUUGGGUGAAGUGGAGGCAGGGGCUCGGGUGUCGUGAGGCUGGGGGUGCGAAUCGGUAACGAGGCCUGCCUCGUGGGUGCUGGCUGAUGCGUGAAUGGGGAGCCGAGAUGUUAUGUGUCUUAGCGUGGGUCCGAGGCCCCCUUCCUGGCGAGCCAUUAGGUGCUCAAGUGUGGUCCUGCUGCGGUCCCUGGCCUGGAUGCAGGCUGCUUGGGAAGAGGGAUGACCGCAGGAAGGAAGACCCCGGGAGUCUGGGCGGUGGACAGUGGUCUGUCCCCAGGAAAGCCGGGCAACCAGGUGAGCACCUGCGCAUCUGCCCCCAGGGCUACACCUGCUGCACCAGUGAGAUGGAGGAGAACCUGGCCAACCGCAGCCGUGCUGAGCUGGAGAGCGCACUUCGAGACAGCAGCCGUGCUCUGCAGGCCGUGCUGGCCGCCCAACUGCAGGGCGUAGAUGACUAUUUCCAGCAGCUGCUGAACAACUCAGAGCGGGCCCUACAGGACACCUUCCCUGGCGCCUUUGGGGAGCUGUACACACAGAAUGCCCGGGCCUUCCGGGACCUGUACAGUGAGCUACGCCUCUACUACCAUGGGGCCAACCUGCAUCUGGAGGAGACUUUGGCAGAGUUCUGGGCUCGUCUAUUGGAGCGCCUCUUCCGGCAGCUGCAACCCCAGCUGCUGCUGCCAGAUGACUAUUUGGACUGCCUGGGCAAGCAGGCCGAGGCGCUUCGACCCUUUGGAGAUGCCCCGAGGGAGCUGCGCCUGCGGGCCACCCGGGCUUUUGUGGCUGCCCGAGCCUUUGUGCAGGGCCUGGGUGUGGCUGGUGAUGUGGUCCGGAAGGUGGCCCAGGUGCCCCUGGGUGCGGAGUGCUCAAGGGCCGUCAUGAAGCUGGUGUACUGUGCCCACUGUCUGGGGGUUCCCGGUGCCCGGCCCUGCCCCGACUACUGCCGGAAUGUGCUCAAGGGCUGCCUUGCCAACCAGGCCGACCUGGACGCCGAGUGGAGAAACCUCCUGGACUCCAUGGUACUCAUCACUGACAAGUUCUGGGGCCCAUCGGGCGCAGAGAGCGUCAUCGGCAGUGUACACAUGUGGCUGGCAGAGGCCAUCAACGCCCUGCAGGACAACCGGGACUCGCUCACAGCUAAGGUCAUCCAGGGCUGCGGGAACCCCAAAGUCAACCCCCAGAGCCCAGGCCAAGAUGAAAAGCCAAACAGGGGCAAGCUGGUGCUGCAGGAGAAGCCCUCCACAGGUGCCCUGGAGACACUGGUCUCUGAGGCCAAGACCCAGCUCCUCGACAUGCAGGACUUCUGGAUCAGCCUCCCUGGAACACUAUGCAGUGAGAAGAUGGCCAUGAGUGCCUCCAGUGAUGACCGCUGCUGGAAUGGCAUGGCCAAGGGCCGGUACCUGCCCGAGGUGAUGGGUGAUGGCCUGGCCAACCAGAUCAACAACCCCGAGGUAGAGGUGGACAUCACCAAGCCAGACAUGACCAUUCGGCAGCAGAUCAUGCAGCUGAAGAUUAUGACCAACCGGCUCCGCGGAGCCUAUGGUGGCAACGAUGUGGACUUUCAGGAUGCCAGUGAUGAUGGCAGCGGCUCAGGCAGCGGUGGCGGCUGCCUGGACGACAUCUGCGGCCGCAGGGUCAGCAAGAAGAGCUCCAGCUCUCGGACACCCUUGACCCAUGCCCUCCCCGGCCUCUCAGAGCAUGAGGGACAAAAGAACUCAGCCGCUGGCUGCCUCAGUGCCCACACCUUCCUCCUGCUCCUCCUUCUGGCCCUGGCCCUCGCAGUGGCUGGGCCUCGGUGGCGGUAACUACCCCCCAGCCCCAGGAACAGGCCAAGGACAGACUUUGCCAAAACUCAUAACAGACGAUCUUUAAUCCCCCAUGGCCUACAGAGGCUCAGGGCAGGAUGGGGGACCAUGGCUCUAUGUGCUGGGCAGGGUGUGAGGGGGCCCUGGCCCCCUGGGGUGAGCCUCACCUGCCACCCUGGCUUUUUUGUAAUGAGGUCCUCAGGUCAGCUGUGAGCCAGUGUCCCCAAAAGCCAUGUAUUUCAGAGACCUCAGGGGCACCUCCUGCUACCCACCCCUAGCUCCCUUCCCCACCAAGAGCCAGCCCACCUGAGGCCUGUGAGAAGGUAGCCCUUGGCAGUGUCCCGCUGGAGACCUUGCACGAGCCUGUGCCUUCCUCUCCUGCUCCUCCUGGCUUCCGACGCCAGAAAGGGAGGCCCAGUCUCAUUCUCCAGGAGCCUGCGAGCACCACUGGGAUCAUGCCUAGGGCUCUGGGCUUAUGCAUGCUGCCUUCCACUCGGCAGGGGCUCCACAGCCAGGCUGCCCCUCCUGGGUUCCCAGGGGGUGUACAGGGGUAGCACCUGGCCCAGCCAUUCAUGCUCUACCACUGCACUUCUGUUUGGGGUGGGGCACAAUCCCCAGCACCCAGGGAAGCAGUGUGGCACUCUGCAUUUGGGGGCUCACACAGGCAGGCUGGCAGUCUGCACCAGGGACCCCACUUUUGGGAAGCAGCCAGCCCCCUGACCCUAUCCCACAAGACAGGGUGACCCAAACAAGGCUGUCACCCAGCCACAGGUCGGGGCUGGCUGGUGAAACUUCAGCUCAGGACUGGUGCUAUCUGGCGUUGCAGGCCAGGGGACACCUGGGCUCUCCUGACCCUGCCCAGUGCAAGGGACAUGGGAGUGUGACAGUCAAGGGCUUAUAGAUAUGCGCACAUGCACUCUCCCUGUCCCUAUGCCCUCCUGCACAGCAUCAGCAAGGCCUGAGCCCCCUGGGCUCCUGGUGCUAUUUCAGGCUUUGGGACCUGGUACACCCAGCAGACCAAGGCUGUCAGGGACCUCCCCACACCCAGGCCAGCCUCCCUGCUCAGCCCAGCACUGUAGGCCCUGGGGAGGGGGUUGGAGUCAGAAGGACCUGGAGACCACUGAGCUGCUGUGGCCAGGAAACAGUGGUCUUGACCUCAAGAGGCCAGAAAGCCGCUUAGUGCUUUGCUUUGCUCGCCGUGUUGGAAAGGCCUUCCUUCAGGGGUGUCUGGCAUAGCAGACCAGGGCUCUAGCCGCUCGUCAAUCCCCAGCACAAGGCCGUGUUUGCUGAAAUAGUUCUUAGACGUGCGGGGCCUAGACAGUUGGCUAGAGCCCUUGCUGGAGCCAUGCAGGCUGGGGGCAGGAGCCAGCCGGUCACUGGUCAGAGCCCUGAGUGGACCCGCUGUAUCCUUCCUCCACAACAGCUUGGCUGCCAGUGCCAGAGGUAAUGUGUUGAAUCCUUGUAUCAAUAAACAGCUGGAGACCUACAGCAGAAA